AUGGAGAUUGGUUUAAUGAGUUUGUAUGAUAUAUUGAAUAAUAAAAAGAAGAAUGUAAGUUUAUAUUAUAAUCGUUUAACGGUUAUUAAUAAUCUUUUACGUUAUCAGAAUAAUUAUUGUUGGAUACAUGAAACUACUUAUCCAAUACAACCAUUUCCAAAUAUUCUUAAAUGUAAUUGUUUUUCCACCGUAACGGUGCUUGGUCACACAGAAAGUAAUGGUCCUACGGCUACUAACAGUACUAAGGAUAUUACUAGUACUACGGCUACUAAGGAUAUUAGUACCACAGGAGCAAGCACCGUAACUAAGGGAAAGGGAGCUAAUUCUACAGCUAUGGAGUGUACCCCUGGAAAGGGAGCUAAUUCUAUGGUUACAGAGUGUAUUAAGGAUAUUAAGGAUACUAAGGAAACCCCUUUCGGGGGUACAGUUGGAGCAAGCACCGUUAUGGAGAAUAAAUGUAUGGAAGUAGAAUAUAUAAGAAAAUUAUUGAAUGAAAUGUAUAAUAAUAUAAUAAUAGAUUUUAAAUCAUCACAAUGUAUUUCAAUCAUAUAUAAAAAUCAUAUUUAUUUAUAUUCCAAUUUAUCAUUAUGUAAAUUCAAUGCCAUCGGAAUCAACCAUUCCACUGGUAAUAUCUCCACUGACAAUGCUAGUCCUAAUCCUACUGGGAUCUCCACUUCUACUGGUAACUCCACUGCUAAUUCCAAUGGUAUUGUUAAUUCCAAUGGCAUUGUAAAUUGUAAUGAAUGUAGAAUAAUAGAAAGAAAAGAAUUUACAAAUGAUGAAAUACAAAAUGCAUUAUAUGAAAUUGUGGAAAAAGGUGAAGAUAAUAAAUAUGGUUUAACCUUGUUGGAACAUUCCAAUUUAUUAAAUUUACUUGAUGGUAUUGAUAAAAUACAACAUUCUGUUAAGUCUAUUGGUAUUCUUGAGGGUCUUAUCGAGACUAAUUAUAAAUAUUCCAAUAUUGAUAAUAUAAAUGUAAUACAUUGUAAUAUUUUAUUAGAUGAGGUUAACGUAACGGGGUCUUCCGUUACGGGGUCAGGUCCCACGGGUACUAACAGUACUGAGGAUAUUAGUACUAAGGAUAUUAGUACCACUGGACCAAGCACCGUAACUACUGGAAAGGGAGCUAAUUUUACAGCCAUGGAGUGUACCUCCGGAAAGGGAGCUAAUUCUAUGGUUAUGGAGUGUACUACUGAUACUAAGGAUAUUACUACAGUUGGACCAAGCACCGUUACUGAGGAGAACUUAAUAUUAGAAUGUAUAAAAUAUGCAAAUGAAUUAAUAGAAAAAGUAUAUAAAGAAUUAAAUUCAAUAUGUAGUUCAUUAAUAAAUGAAAUUAAUAUAUAUUGUCAACCACCAUUGAAUAUAUCAAUAAGAUUUUUAAAACAUUACAUGUGUUUUGAAUAUUUAUUGGAAUAUAAUUGUGAUUUGAAUAAUUUACAAGAUACAAUUUAUGGAAUUAAUAUUAAUAAAGAAAAUGUCAUCUUACAUGAAUUCAUACAACCAAGUCUCAUCUCCAUAAAUUCCAUCCAUAAUACUUUCAAUUUAUUAUUAACACGUAUUAAAUCUUAUAUUAUUAAUAUUCAAAAUAUUAAUAAUGUUAAUAUGGAGAAAGAGGAAAUUAUGGAGAAGAAAGAGGAAAAAGAGGAGAAAAUGGUUGAGAAAGAGGAUAUUACUGGAGUUGUUGAUACUAAUACUAAGGGAGUUGGUAUGGAUACUAAGGAAAGCCCUUACGGGGCUAAGGAAAGCCCUUUUGGUGCUAAGGAAAGCCCUUUUGGUGCUAAGGAAAGCCCUUUCGGGACUAAGGAAACUCCUGGUGGAUUGUUGGUUGGUGGACCAGACACCGUAACGGAAGAAUUAGAAUUAGAUGGAAUAGGAACACCAUCACCAAAUAAGAAAAAUUAUAUAAAUAAUGAUAUAUUAAAAAUGUGUGAUACGAAAAUCAUUGAUUCAAAUCCAAUCAGUAUUGAAAAUAGUAACACAAAUACAUUUAAUAAUUCCGAAAAUACUUCACCAAAUACACAUUCAUUCAAUAUUACAAAUCUAUUAAAUAAUCAAUAUAUUAAUUCUCCAAAUACUAUAGACAAGGUAGAUAAGGUAGACGGAGUGGAUGGAAUGGAUGGUAUGGAGAGGAUAGAGUCGGUAGACGGGAUGGAGACUCUGGAGAGGAUAGAUUCGGUAGAUGGUAUGGAUAGAAUGGAAUCUGUAGAUACAGUAGAAAGAAUGGAUACAAUAGAAUCUGUAGAAACUAUAGAACCUAUAGAACCAGUUGAUACAGUGGAUACAGUGGAUAAUAUGAAUACAGUAGAUACGGUGGAUACAGUAGAUACGAUGGAUAAAAUGAAUGAAGAAGAUAGAAUGGAAAUAAUACCAUAUUGGUGGAGAUAUUAUGUAGAAGAUAAUACAUUGGGUGAAGGUGAUGUGAAUGGAAGAUAUGAAUCGAUAGGAAUAAGACGUUUUACACGUUCAUAUUUGAAGGAAGAAUCAAGUACACCAAAGAAUAAGAAACAUACCAAUGGAGCAAAUUAUUUACUCACAAGAUCAUCUUCAUCAGAUUUCAGUACCAAAUCUAAUGUUAAUCUUUCCAGAGAAACCAUUACUACAAAUCUACAAGAAGAUGUUUUACCAUGUUUCUGUACCAAUUGUAUUAAUUAUAUCUCCAAUAUAACACGAAUUUUACAUUAUCAAGAACAAAAUGGUAUUUUUUAG